AUCCCCCUUCAGCGAAUCAUCUAUGGCACAUCAUCUCAGUCGUCAUUCCGUCUGAAGACGAGGAGGUUCUCGAUAUUCAAUCAUGCAUCAGCCAUCAUUCGUUUUCGAGCAAGAAUAGACUGAAGACUCAAAACUCCCGACUCACAGGGUUGGUACGGGCAGGAUCAAUUGACCGAAGGUUUCAAUUCCACAAGCUUGCACAAGGAUGCUGACUGGAAGUGCCUUCCGGUGCAUCCAGGCAAAUGCCUGCUCGAUAUUUAAGGUUGGUGCUUUGAAGGACACAUUUCACUAUCAUCUCUCUCCUCCGCGUCUUUCUACAAUACUAAUAAACACGAUGAGCUCUACAUCUCAUGGACAUGCUCUACAAAGAGGACAGGCCUGUUUUCAUUGUCGCCGCAGAAAGAUGCGAUGCGACGGAGUGCGUCCUGUAUGUGGCCCAUGUACUCGAGCACGUCGACCGGAUGACUGCCAGUAUACAGACAAUCAAGGACGCUCACGAAUGGAGAUCUUAGAAGAAAACAUUGGUCGCGUCCAGGCCCGUAUUCAAGAAUUAGAGAACCCCGAAACCGCGGGAACCUCCGUUUUAUUACACUCGCCUUACACGCAAGGUGCGGCAAGUACUACAGGACCGACCCGUGUCUCUACUCCUUCGCCCUCCAGCCGUCGAGGUCACCAUCCUGACGCCUCUCGGCAAAACUGGUGGACGCUGCCUGAGCCUCCCUCAGAAAUCAAAGUGGUCUUACUCGAUAAAUUUCUAUUUUUCGCGUCCGAGUUCGGGUUUUUCCUCCAUCCGACACGCUUUCGGACGUCUGCUCUUCAGCCCGCUCCCAUAGGUCAUCCUUCCCGUCCUUUACCCGCACUAUUGACCACCGCUUAUCUCUGGGGAUCUAAACUCUCGGGCUCAUCGACACCCACCGAAAUCGAGAAAGCUCUGCUGGCUCGCUCGCUGUCUCAAGUAUCCAGUUCCCUCGCGGGUAACCAUCCACAGAAAGUAAUCCAUACCAUUCAAACCGAAUGUUUACUGGCGUAUUACUUUUUGUCCUCGGGAAGGUUCCUGGAGGGGAAAUACCAUAUUACAAACGCUGUUUCGUUGGCCGUAAGCUCGAGGAUCGAUAAAAUACGCUCCGAUCAGAUCGACCCGAGAGAGAUCACAGCGUUACGAGCAGCCCAGGAUCCUAUAGAAGAAGGAGAGCGAGUCGACGCAUGCUGGAACAUGAUAAUUCUCGACAAGUGUUGGGCGGUAGCACUGGCGUCUCCAACGAAUCUCGUCUGUCCAUCUGAUGAUCCAAGGGUUCAAGUAGAUACACCUUGGCCUCUUGAUAUCGAAGGCUAUGAGAGCGGUGGCUAUCCUGCAGGGAUGAAGGGCCGUUGCACACUGAACAAUUAUCUUAGGGGAAUGACGAGCUCUCGAGGAAAUGAAAUGUCGAUGAAGAGUCUUCACGUUAAAGCAUCGUUGCUGUGGGAGCGUUCCAAUGAUUUAGUUGGAACUUGGAAGUCGCACAUGAAUUCUCAAGAAUCGGCUACUUUCUAUGGAGCAUUCAACAUCCUGGACACUCUUCUCGAGAGAGUGCGAGUCAAUCUCCCACCCCCGAAUCAGAUGACUGACCGUACUCCGUCCAAAAUGCGCACCUUAUUUAUUAUCCAUAGCUUGACCUACACUGCUAUCAUUCAACUACAUGGAGUCUUCGCGAAGAAUAGCGCGGAAUCGAAGACGAAGGUUCUCCUUUCAGCCCAAGCCAUCUUUCGUAUGGUUAAUGCAGUCCGCCUCGGGAAUGCGACCCAAGUUAUUAAUCCGAUAAUGGGAACAGUUUGGGUGUCUGCGAGUCAGGUAAUCCUGGAAGAACUAACAGCCUUGAAAGCAUUCCGGUUGUCGAGAUCCGCAAGUAUUCCGCCUACUGAUGAGGAAAGAGGUAUGCUCAGUGUUUUCGAGAACGGGUUGAGGGAUAUGAUGCCGUUAGGGCGAAGCUGCAGUCUUUUGAGAUAUCACUUGAGCCAAAUUCAAGAGGCUUACUCUGCGCUCUGAUAUUCAAUCCCACUCGUUCAUCGAUGUAUUUAACUCAUUUAUUUAUUUUAAGAUGCUAGCUAGAGGCACAAAUCUAGUUCAGGAAACUAUUUAUUUUUCGAGUAUUAUAAUAUCAUGUAAUUUCUGCUAAUCGUAGUCUUAUGUCUGAAAGAAGUAGUAUGGCCCUCCGUUAAGUGUUCUUGUUACAGAUAAGUAAU